ACGGCGGUAACUUUAAAAAUGUCAAUUUUACACAAUAUUUUUAAUUUUCUUAUAUUAUUUUCUUUAUUUAAAGAAAUCAGUACAGAUGAUGAUAAUAUUAUAGAUGUAAUUGUAAACGACAGUGCAAAAACUGUAUAUAACAAUACAGUUGUUCCAGCAGACGUUGAAACAUUCAGUGACCGUGACCUGGUAAAAAUAUUGAGAAAUAAUUCUCAAUUGCCGGAAAAUAUUAAGAACGAUAAACAUGAAAUAAAAGGAAAAGAGUUCCAUACUCACAGAAAAUCAAGAGAUAUUUUAAACGGCACUGUGACUUUUGGAAUAGACUGCUAUUCAUGUUAUGGAAACGAUACUUCAAGAAAGUCUACUAACUGUUUCAGCGGAGUCGCUAUCCCAUCAAAAAAAUGUGGUGAUGCUGAACACUGUUUCGUGGAACUUAAUCCGCUCUAUAUAAAAAGAGGUUGUGUAUUACCUGGAAGGGUAAAUAGAACAUUUAUAUGCAAAUGUCCUCUCUGUAACGACAAACCCUCCUUCGACAUUAGCCAUUACGAAUAUAAGAAACUCAACGAUUGGGAAUUUGAUAACGCUAGGCUUCAAGUACCUACUACUGGAAUGGAACUAAUGUGCAAAGUUUGUGAAACUAAAGGGACGAACCCAUCGUCAGACAAAAACUGUCGCUUUGGAAAAAAUGCAGACUACAUGGUAUGUGGUCGCCAUCAACUUUGCUACACAAACGUUGACGAUGAAACAGAUUUCGUGUCCAGAGGAUGCAUAGCACAACCCCUAUAUAAUUCAGUUUAUUUCUUUUGCAAUAACACUGAAUAUAAGCAAGAACUUUCCGAAAAUGAUGUAUUGAAUUCAAAGGUGGACCAUCUGCAACUUUCGAAAGCGCUAAAAGUGUAUUCUAGACCUGAUAAAAGAGAAAGGGAAGUUGGAAUGUUUGCCCAACAAAUACGAUUUAACUCUUCUGAAAGCGAGUUUGGUGACAUGAAGCGAUCAUGUAUCAUGUGCAAUAAUGUUGCGACAGAAGAUUGUAAUGAUCCUAAAAAUAAAUUAAUACCGUCGAUAAUGUGCGAACAUGACGAUGACGUGUGUUAUUCGCUGCACACGCCGUUUGGAAUAGUGGAUCGUGGAUGUUACAACGUAAAUCACAAUAUCUCUACCUACGUAUGUUCAUGCAAUCUGUGCAACUACAUAUCCAUUUCUGAGAUGCCAUUUAUGUUCUCUAAGAAGCGAGAUUGGAUCGAUAAUGUUAUUGAGCUCUCACGUACAAGGCACUUUAGAAAAUCUGUGUUUAAGGAUAUGUCUUGCUUAAGAUGCGAAGUCAAUACGACCACCAAAACAGGAGAUAUGCUCGAUAGCGCAAAUUGUUUAGAAGGAAGCAUUGGUAAUUUACCCGUGGAAGAUUGUAGAGUUGAUGAAAUUUGUGCAGUAAGGGCACUAAGAGCGGACGGCUACAUCUGGCGAGGCUGUGUCAAAGCUCCACUCUACAACUAUUGGUGGGCGGUUUGUGAUCGCGACCUCUGCAAUUACGACCCGCCUGUUAUCCUAUACGAUUUUGUAAACGUUUGAAACUCAUCACUAUAAAAAAUGCAAUUUUAAUAAUAGUAACAAUUAAAUUUAUAACAACUUAUUUAUUUUUGAACAAAACUACAUUAUAUGUAUGUAUUUGUGAUAAUAGUAUUUUUGUUUCUAUUGCUACUUGAUUGUAAAGUUAACUACGUUUACAAUAUAAUAAAGAAUUGAUGGCAUAUUUACAC